UUAUUCUAUUCUUGCCCUGCCCUUAGUCAGCAACCACUGAACUGAGAGAGAAAGGGAAAGUGUGUGAGUUGCAGAAACUGAGUAAACGUAUUUAAUUUUCGCGUCCUUCGGGCUAACCUCCCACUUCCCUUUCUUUACUAGAAUCCACCGCUACUUUCUCCAUUCCCAAACCCUAGAAAUUUCAUAUGGAAUCAUUCCCCAAACCCUAGAUCAUCCGCAAACCCACCCCAAGAUCGACCUCUAACACGCUUCAGCCAUGGCGGUGUCUUCCAUUUUCAGGUAUUUCAUGACCAUUCCUUUCCUCAUUUUCGUUGUCUUCUUCGGAGCCCUGUCUGUUGUAGUCCCCGUUUCGCCGUUCGCGUUCAGAAAUUUUGGUAAUGAUUCGGGCUUUGAGUCUGAAAUUUCUCUCUUCGGCGAUGCGAAGAUUGUUGAUGGCGGGUCUGCCGUACAGCUGACUCGAUCGGCUGCUUGGAGUGCUGGGCGAGUCGUGUGCGGAAAACCCAUUAAGCUUGUUGAGGGAAACCCUAGAAGAAAGGUUUCGUUUUCGACUUAUUUCUCGUUUUCGAUUUCGCCGGAUAAUGGCGAUGGUCUGGCUUUGGCUAUACUUCCCAUUGGUUUCCCUGUUGAUGUGUUUAACGGGAGCUCGUUUGGGCUCUCCCCUGGAUUGUGGGAGGAUAAAUUUAAGGUUUUGGCAGUUGAGUUUGAUACAUUUAGGGAUGCUAAUUAUAGUGAUCUGAAUGACAACCAUGUGGGGAUUGAUAUAGGGAAUAGUCUUGUGUCGGUUGCAGUGAGGAAUGCUUCUUCUCUCAAUUUGGUACUGACUAGUGGGGAGAGAAUGCACUCUUGGAUUGAUUAUGAGGCGGGUUCGAAUCGACUGGAAGUUAGGUUGAGUAAAUUUGGUAGCAUGAGGCCAGUUGAUCCAUUGCUCUCUUAUCCAAUUGACUUGGCAGAAGUGUGGAUGGAGGAAGAGGUGAUUGUGGGAUUAACUUCAUCUAGUAGGAAUUCUUCCCAGACAUGUAGUGUCUACUCGUGGAGCUUUAAGCUGAGGCAUGCGCCUCAUUGGUUGCAUUCACUUCCAUUGGAUCCAGGGGCAGUUCAUGAUAAAUCAAAACCACCAAUGGAUAAGAAGAGGAGCACCUGCCUUCUAAGGUUUCUUGCUGCACUGAUUUUUGGCACUGGUUGUGGAGCACUGGGCUCCUUCAUUGUGUUGUUUGUGUGGACCAUCUGUGGGAAUAGGCGCCCAGUGGUGCCAGAAGAGUUUGCUGUUUGCCCAGUGGAAUUUGAGUACAAAAAGAUCAAAGUAGUUGUAGAUAAAGCCAUCAAAGAUGGUGAGAAGUAGGAGAUGUUUGAACUUUGAAGUGGUUGUGUUGCAUGUUUUGUGUUGUAAAUUGACGUUCUUUUGUACUUGUAUUAUGUUUUUGUUUUUUAGUUGUAAUUUGAUGGUCAAUUAUGAAAAUGUAGUUUUUGUUGCAGAUGGUCCAGUAAUGAGACCUUCAUUCUCAA